CACCUCAUCCCCUCAGGGCAUUCAUUUUCAACCCAGAUUUCUCACUUCAACAUCGAAAACACAAUCGUCAUCACCUUCUACGUUCUAGAUUGAAUACCAACAAUGGGCCAACAAGCAUCCGUCCCCCGCCCCGGCACGGACCUGCAGGUGAUCGGGGCGGGGCUCUCCCGCACGGGAACCGCAUCCUUCAGCGCAGCCCUAGAGAUCCUCCUGGACGCCCCCGUCUACCACGGGGGCACGCAAACCACCAUGGGGCCCCCCCUUGAGAUCCAAUCGUGGAACGCCAUCCUGCGCACCUGGCUCGCGGGCGAUAGGCCGCAAACCCUGCAGCGGCUGCGGGCCCGCACCGCCGGCUACGGCGCGAUCACCGACGCCCCGGCCAGCCAAUUGGUCCCCGAACUGCUCGAGCUCUAUCCCCGUGCCAAAGUGAUCGUGACCGUGCGCGAUCGCGACAGCUGGGUGCAGAGCAUGCAGCAGAUCAGCUCCCUGGCCAAGCUGUGGUUUCUAGGGGCGGUUCUGCUCCCCUUGCCGGGGAUGCGGUACUUCGUGACGUAUAUCGACCUGCUGCAGCGCCAGUGGGAUCGGAUCUACGGGAAUAGCCGCGAUAACGCCUGGAUCUACGACCGGCAUCUGGAGUGGCUGAAGGAGGUGGUGCCCGCGGAUCAGUUGGUGUUGUUCAGUGUCAAGGAGGGGUGGGAGCCACUGUGUCGGGCGCUGGGCAAGGAGGUUCCCAAGGGUAUUCCUUUCCCCAGAAUUAAUGAUUCCAAAGCGAUCGAUCGCGUGGCGGCUUAUCAUAUUAAGCGGGGGUUGGCGCGAUGGGCUGUGGUCUUCGCUGUGAUGGGGUUGGUGGGGGCGUGGUGGGUUUCUGGGAGGUGA